GUUGUAGCCCGACAGAAGGAGUGGGGAUGCUCCCGGAAGUGGAGUUGAGUUAGAGAAGAAGUGGAGUUGCCACGUCUAAGAGAGGAAAACGGCUGGAGCGGGAGACAAAAUUGACUAAACGAGAUAUUAUAAAUCCAAUUUAUUAAUUGUUUUUAAUAAGAGCGGUCAUUUUAACAGUAGUCAGCACAAAUAUGGUUUCAGUUAUAAAUACUGUGGACACGUCCCAUGAUGACAUGAUCCAUGAUGCUCAGAUGGACUAUUAUGGUACCCAGUUGGCUACUUGCUCGUCCGAUAGGUCUGUAAAAAUAUUUGAUGUGAAAAACGGAGGUCAGAUCCUGGUUGCCGAUUUGAGAGGUCACGAAGGGCCAGUCUGGCAAGUGGCCUGGGCUCAUCCAAUGUACGGGAACAUUUUAGCGUCCUGUUCCUAUGACAAGAAGGUGAUCAUAUGGAAAGAGGAGAACGGCACAUGGGACAAGAUGUAUGAGUACACAGGCCAUGAAUCUUCAGUAAACUCGGUGUGCUGGGGGCCCUAUGACUUCGGACUGAUUCUUGCCUGUGGCAGCUCAGAUGGUGCAAUAUCGCUGCUCACUUACUCCGGGGAUGGGCAAUGGGACGUCAAGAAGAUCAGUAACGCACACACUAUCGGCUGCAACGCAGUGAGCUGGGCUCCUGCUGUCGUGCCUGGUAGUCUCAUCGACCAGCCGCUGGGACAGAAACCGAACCUCAUUAAGAGAUUUGUAUCUGGAGGCUGUGACAACCUGGUCAAACUUUGGAAAGAGGAGGAUGGGCAGUGGAAGGAGGAUCAGAAACUAGAAGCUCACAGUGAUUGGGUGAGAGAUGUGGGCUGGGCCCCUUCGAUAGGCCUUCCCACCAGCACCAUUGCCAGCUGUUCACAGGAUGGCAGGGUCUUCAUCUGGACAUGCGAUGAUCCUUCAGGAAACGCCUGGACAGCCAAGCUUCUUCAUAAGUUCAAUGACGUGGUGUGGCACGUGAGCUGGUCCAUCACAGGAAAUAUCUUGGCGGUGUCAGGAGGAGACAAUAAGGUGACGUUGUGGAAGGAGUCAGUGGAUGGCCAGUGGGCUUGCAUCAGUGAUGUCAACAAAGGGCAAGGGGCUGUUUCUGCCAUCACAGAGGGCCAACAGAACGAGCAGUGAUGGGAGGGAUGGCUUUGGAGAUGCAUUAAAAAUUCAUUUCCCCCGUCUCUCAGUGGAAAAUACUAUUCACAGUAGAACUAUAUUUGCUGCACAUGCUACCCAACAAAGACGUCUUUUCCUUUUUGACGUCCCUCCAUAUAAUGCAGCUUUCUGAAGGUGGCAGUCUGAACUUGCUGAUAGAUUUGAUACUGCC